GGGGGUGGGGGGGUACUUGGGGGGGUACCGGGUGCUGGGGGGGGGGUACCGGGUGCUGGGGGGGGGGUACCGGGUGCUGGGGGUACCGGGUGCUGGGGGUGGGGUGUACUUGGGGGGGGGGUA